CAGGCAGACACCUGUUCUUUGCCGUGCCUACGUCUGGGGAGUGUAUGGAAAGGGGCACAAGCAGUGGUUGCUGUUCCUGUUGCUGCCACUGCGGUGAGGGCUGUGACUGGACGUCCCUCCUGGCACUUUGCCUCUGUCCCCUCCAUCCCCCGCCAGCAUUUUUCCUCCCCCCGCCUUCCUCCAGCUCGUCCCAAGCCUGCCUGUCCCCAGCAUGGAGGCGGGACAGUGGAAGAGUGGGUGAGUGAAGCAGGAUGGUGCCUUGGGCUCCAGCAUCUCCCCAACCCCUCCAUGCCAUGGGUCCCCCCAGGUGAGGGCCCUGGUGGAGGACAGUGUGGGCAAAGCAUGGGGAAUGUCACCUUCCCCACCUGCUCAGAGUUCAAGGGUCCUGGGCUGGGCCCGGUCUCUCUUCUGCCCCUGGGGAGAUCAUUCACGCUUCCUUUAAUCCCUGCCACAGCUGAGGCUGGAGUUUGGAGUUUGACCCGCUUGGAGGCUCUCAGCAGCAGGCAUAUAGGAGGAAGGUCACUGCUGUCUCUGAAAGCUCUUGGCUGCAAAGGGAGAGGAUCCUGGGUGUCUCCCUCCUUACAGCCGUGGCCACCUUCUAGUGCCUUAGAAACCACUGACAGCCCCCAGGGCAGGUGGGCCCUGCAUCUGAAAUAAGGAUCCUGAGGUCUCGUUCAGGACCAUGGAGAGCGGCACCAGCAGCCCUCAGCCUCCACAGACAGAUCUCCUGGAUGCCUUUCCCCAGAAGGGCUUGGAGCCCGGGGACAUCGCGGUGCUGGUUCUGUACUUCCUCUUUGUCCUGGCUGUUGGACUAUGGUCCACAGUGAAGACCAAAAGAGACACAGUGAAAGGUUACUUCCUGGCUGGAGGAGACAUGGUGUGGUGGCCAGUGGGUGCAUCCUUGUUUGCCAGCAAUGUUGGAAGUGGACAUUUCAUUGGCCUGGCAGGGUCAGGUGCUGCUACGGGCCUUUCUGUAUCAGCGUAUGAGCUUAAUGGCUUGUUUUCCGUGCUGAUGUUGGCCUGGAUCUUCCUCCCCAUCUACAUUGCUGGUCAGGUCACCACGAUGCCGGAAUACCUACGGAAGCGCUUCGGUGGUGUCAGAAUUCCCGUCAUCCUGGCUGUACUCUACCUAUUUAUCUACAUCUUCACCAAGAUCUCGGUAGACAUGUAUGCAGGUGCCAUCUUCAUCCAGCAGUCUUUGCACCUGGAUCUGUACCUGGCCAUAGUUGGGCUGCUGGCCAUCACCGCUGUAUACACGGUUGCUGGUGGCCUGGCUGCUGUGAUCUACACGGAUGCGCUGCAGACACUGAUCAUGCUUAUAGGAGCGCUCACCUUGAUGGGCUACAGUUUCGCCGCAGUUGGUGGGAUGGAAGGCCUGAAGGAGAAGUACUUCUUGGCCCUGGCCAGCAACCGGAGCGAGAACAGCAGCUGCGGGCUGCCCCGGCAGGAUGCCUUCCAUAUUUUCCGAGAUCCACUGACAUCUGAUCUCCCAUGGCCAGGGGUCCUAUUUGGAAUGUCCAUCCCAUCCCUCUGGUACUGGUGCACGGAUCAGGUGAUUGUCCAGCGGACCCUGGCUGCCAAGAACCUGUCCCAUGCCAAAGGAGGUGCUCUGAUGGCUGCAUACCUGAAGGUGCUGCCCCUCUUCAUAAUGGUGUUCCCUGGGAUGGUUAGCCGCAUCCUCUUCCCAGAUCAAGUGGCUUGUGCAGAUCCAGAGAUCUGCCGGAAGAUCUGCAGCAAUCCCUCGGGCUGUUCUGACAUCGCGUAUCCCAAACUCGUGCUGGAACUCCUGCCCACAGGGCUCCGUGGGCUGAUGAUGGCUGUGAUGGUGGCGGCUCUCAUGUCCUCCCUCACCUCCAUCUUUAACAGUGCCAGCACCAUCUUCACCAUGGACCUCUGGAAUCACCUCCGGCCUCGGGCAUCUGAGAAGGAGCUCAUGAUUGUAGGCAGGGUGUUUGUGCUGCUGCUGGUCCUGGUCUCCAUCCUAUGGAUCCCUGUGGUCCAGGCCAGCCAGGGUGGCCAGCUCUUCAUCUACAUCCAGUCCAUCAGCUCCUACCUGCAGCCGCCCGUGGCGGUGGUCUUCAUCAUGGGAUGUUUCUGGAAGAGGACCAAUGAAAAGGGUGCCUUCUGGGGCCUGAUCUCAGGCUUGCUCCUGGGCUUGGUUAGGUUGGUCCUGGACUUUAUUUACGUGCAGCCACGGUGCGACCAGCCAGAUGAGCGCCCGGUCCUGGUGAAGAGCAUCCACUACCUCUACUUCUCCAUGAUCCUGUCCACGGUCACCCUCAUCACUGUCUCCACCGUGAGCUGGUUCACAGAGCCGCCCUCCAAGGAGAUGGUCAGCCACCUGACCUGGUUUACUCGUCAUGACCCCGUGGUCCAGAAGGAACCAGCGCCACCAGCAGCUCCCUUGUCUCUUGCCCUCUCUCAGAACGGGAUGCCAGAGGCCAGCAGCAGCAGCAGAGUCCAGUUCGAGAUGGUCCAAGAAAACAUGUCUAAAACCCACAGCUGUGACAUGACCCCGAAGCAGUCCAAAGUGGUGAAGGCCAUCCUGUGGCUCUGUGGAAUACAGGACAAGGGCAAGGAAGAGCUCCCGGCCAAAGCAGAACCCAUCAUAGUUUCCCUGGAAGAAAAGCCCUUGGUGAAGACCCUCCUGGACGUCAACCUUAUUUUCUGCGUGACCUGCGCCAUCUUUAUCUGGGGCUACUUUGCUUAGUGUGGGGUGAACCCGGGGGUUCAAAGGUUGUUUCUCUUCAAUGCUCCAUUUUUUUAAUGAAAGAAAAAAUAAUAAAGCUUUUGUUUGUUUACCACAA